GCAGCUUCCUGUUAGGAUCCUCGCACACUCCUCCCAACAUCUCCGCACUUGCAAAUUCAAGUGUCGAGCUAGCAAAGCCUAGUUCCUUAACACGAAGGAUUCCAUAUAGAAAUGGGGUCGCUAGGCUUGCUAGCUCUUGCCAUCGCCGGGGUGCUCGGAGUUGUCGCCGGCGACGGCUGGAGCAACGGCCGCGCCACGUUCUAUGGCGGCAACGACGCGUCAGGAACGAUGGGAGGAGCGUGUGGGUACGGCAACAUGUUCAGCGCGGGGUACGGGACGAACACGGCGGCGCUGAGCACCGCGCUGUUCAACAACGGGCAGAGCUGCGGCGCGUGCUUUGAGAUCCGGUGCGCCGGCAGCGGCAGCUGCCUGUCGGGCUCCGCCAUGGUGACGGCCACCAACCUCUGCCCGGCCAACUACGCACGUGCCAACAACGACGGCGGGUGGUGCAACCCGCCGCAGUCGCAUUUCGACCUCGCUGAGCCUGUGUUCACUAGGAUCGCCCAGGCCCGUGCCGGCGUCGUGCCCGUCCAGUACAGAAGGGUGGCGUGUGUCAAGACGGGUGGCAUCCGGUUCACCAUCACCGGCCACUCCUACUUCAACCUGGUGCUCAUCACCAACGUUGCCGGCGCCGGCGACCUGAUGUCGGUGUACGUGAAAGCUCCUAGCACAGGAUGGCUGACCAUGAGCCACAACUGGGGCGCCAACUGGCAGAACGGCGCCAUGCUCAACGGCCAGCCGCUGUCCUUCCGGGUCACCACCAGCGACGGCCGUACCACCACGUCCAACAACGUCGCGCCCUACGGCUGGACCUUCGGCCAGACCUUCGCCGGUAGCCAGUUCUAGCCAGCCGGCGCCCGGUGCAGUGCAGAUUUAUCAUCUCCGUGUAGGGUGUCGGCGGAGGAUGGCUCUGUUUUGAAGCGGUCUCCUCUGCUCUGACUCUGGCUGACAAAAAUCUGCGUCGCCGUGGUUACCCUUUUUGCUCCCCACAAGGCGUGCUCCAGUUGGACAGUUUUACCUUACAAGUAGGCGUAUUAUAUGCGGAGGCGGAGAUCCUUAGGUUUGAGCUCAGAAAAUUAAAGCAAUGGCUGGCUGUGGUGACGAGCAUAAUGGCUGGUCACCCGCCCAUGGGUUCAAACUAACGGUUUAUGUAUCUUCGCAUGCUGGUAUAAAACUAAUGGAAUGUGUUUUCAGAGCUUGAAA